AUGACCCACGACGAGUUGUCAAAAAAUCAUCCCGGUGGAUUUGAUGACACGGAAAGUUUUGAAAAAGACGGCAGGAUGUACCGUGCUACAGACGACCCCAGCGACGGCUACAAUGCCUUGGAGCUUUAUAUAUCCAAGUUAAAUCCACACUGUUCAGCAUUCUUCCAGUUUCCGAAGCGAAAGUGGUCCCCAAGCGACAGUGUUUGGUACGAAAAUCGGCCACUCGGUGUAAAUAAGCUGGGUGUUAUGAUGAGAGAAAUUAGCGAGGAAGCCGAACUGUCGAGCAUCUACACAAACCAUUGUGUGAGAGCCACCGCGAUUACUCUUUGGUCCGAUGCAUGCCUUGAAAACCGCCACAUUAUGGCCGUUUCAGGUCACCGAAAUGAACAGUCGCUGAAGAGUUAUAACUCGCGUCCAUCCUCAACACAGCUUCGACAAAGCAGUGACAUUCUCACCAGAUCGCUCGUAUCCUCAAAUGCCAGCUUACAAAUUGAUUUUAAUGACCCACAGCCAGCUCAAGUGUUUUCCCAUGUAACAUCAACGUCUCAAAAUACCUCAAUGUACCACAGAUCCAGCUUUGACAACAUCUUUUCGUCUUGUUCGAUCGGCACUGUGAAUCUCACUGUAAAUCCACCUCGAGAAGUUGACAAAGACUAG